AUGGCUACUCUCGCUGCAAUUCCUGAAAAGAAGAAUGAAGACACAAAACAGGCGAAAGAUGCAGACGUUGAAGGAAAGCAGCUUCAGAAGACGCCGUCAGUUUCCAAAGACUCUCAUAAACUUCACCUGAAAAAGCCUGCACGGACUGCCAGACCUGCUUCUGAGACAUCUGGAGGAGUAGAAAACGAUGGAGACCAACAGAACGGAAACGACUCCGCCGGACACAAACAAUUCAAAGCGGAGAAGAGGAAAAGAAAGGAUGAAAAAGAGAAACCGAUGAACAAAAAAAAGAAAGUGGAGGAGGUGGAAAAGAAAAAAGCUGAGCCUGAUAUCUGGUUUGAUGACGUGGACCCUGAUGACAUCGAGGCGGCUUUGGGGCCCGAGGCGGCAGACAUCGUACGAAAACGUAGCGGAAUGCUGAAGUCCAGCGCAGAAGUCACAGAGAAAGUGCUGGUGAAAGAGCACGGGUUUGAGGGAUUGACCCGUGCUGUCGCUAUGGACUGUGAGAUGGUGGGUGUUGGGUGUGAUGGGGAGGACAGCAUUCUAGCGCGGGUCUCCAUCGUCAACCACUUUGGGAAAUGCAUCUACGAUAAAUACAUCAAACCCACGGAAAAGGUUACGGACUACAGGACGGCUGUUAGUGGAAUCAGACCGGCGGACAUCGAAAACGGUGAGGCCAUCAAGACAGUCCAGAAAGAAGUGGCUCAGAUUCUGGAAGGAAGAAUAUUAGUAGGACACGCCAUUCACAAUGACUUAAAGAUUUUGCUGCUGGAUCAUCCCAAGAAAAUGAUCAGAGACACACAGAAAUACAAACCAUUUAGGCAGAGAGUAAAGAGCGCACGUCCUGCAUUGCGGGUUUUAUGCAAAGAGAUUCUCAAUGUUAAAGUCCAGCAGGGUGAACAUUCGUCUGUUCAGGACGCUCAGGCCACUAUGAGGCUGUACACUCUGGUGAAGAAGCAGUGGGAGGCGGAGCUUAAAGCCGCCCGGGCGGGUCAAUUUCAGAAGAGCCCCCGAAAACCCAAAACUCCUAAAAACCAGAGCAAAUUAAUUCAAAUCAGCCGAUAAAAAAACUCAUCGCAAAACAUGACAGACUGAAACAUGGAUCUGUUUUACCAGCGUGGAGUAACACUGUCUUCAGUUACGUUAUGAUGAACUGUGUUUAAUAUUCCUGUCUGAAUGUCUCUCAGUUUGUACUUGAAUCUUAAAUCCUAUCUUCUGUUAUUUGAGGAAUGAGACCAUCAAACCAUUCAGAUUAUCAGUGUUCUAUUGAACUCUUUUAUACCAAGUAAUUUAAAUGCUUAUUUUCCAUCCUGUUUAAAAUUACAUGACAGAUGUAACCGUUAUUGGAGACUUAAAUAGUUUUCUAUCUGAACUGCGAUUAAAGACCCCACACUUGAUGUGCACAAGGUGUUGAUUUCUCACAUCGAAAA